UUUAUUUUGGAUGCGAUUAAUGGCUCUGAAAGUGAUUCCGACUACACGUUAUCGGUAUAGCUGUGGUGUGAACUCUGCUAUUCUUUAAUAUUGAGAACGAUAUAGAUCUAAAGGCUAUCUCUAUAGUUAUAACUUAUCGUCCUUGGUGUGAAUGGGCCUUUAUAGUACAUAAAGCAUAUUAUAGUAGACAUCUAUGUCUAGAUUCACAUUUAAAACAGUAAAGAGGAAUUGUGAUGAAAACAUUUAAAACAGGCAUUUUAAAAUUCUGUCCCAAUUGCAAUCUUUCAGACUUUGUGUUUAUGUCAAAAUCCAGACAUUCUGAAUCUGAUCAUAUAAUGUCAAUGCACUAAAGUGUGUAAAAAAGACAUUAUUAAAGGAAACAAAUAUCUCCACAUGCACACCCUGAAUGUGUUCCCUCCUCAUUGUACAAAUAGUGCAUCCUAAAGAUUCAAUGCAACUUGGAAUUCUAAAGACAGUUAGUUCUGGUACUCCGUACCACAUUUUACAUAGUUACGCCAGUGUCUAAAUCAAUGUAUCUUUAUGAGAGAGUUAUUGAAUCGUUCAUUCAACCUAUUAGUUUAUAUACAUGGAUAAAUUCAUGACCAAAACAUGUGUGUUGCUCGGUGGUUGAUUCUGUUUUGAUUCAUUUGAACUGUUUUCUUUGGUGAAGCAAAAAGUGGUAACUAUGUCUUGUUGUAAAAUAGUGCAUCCUGUUAAAAUAUUCAUAUUAUACUUUAUAAUCUGAGGUGUAACCAGACAUGGCAUUUGAGAGUAGUAAGGAUUCAAUCAAUUGUAACAAUUGUGAAAUCAACAGGGAAAAUUUAUUUAGAUGCUUGAUAAGAAUUAGUAAACAUGAUACAAAAUAUGAUAUGUCAGUCACUUAAUGACUAGGUCGGCCUAUGACUCUACUUCCUGGGGGUGAAGGGCAAUGUGUGGCUUAUACUUACAUCCUUCCUUUGUGUAAUGUGUCGCAGGUGAACCAGCACAUGUUCAGUAGUGCAUCGACUGCGUAUAGCUUCCUUCUGAAAAAAGUGUUUUGAUUCUACAGACAAUAUAAGCAUAUCCAAAAAGUUUUGUCUUCUCUUUUGGAGGCCUGAGCCACCAUGGGGAUUAUUGUAGAUGAGAGAGUGAAAGACGGUGCCCCAGAUGGCGGCUGGGGCUGGAUUGUUCUGCUUGGAUGUUUUGUCAUCACUGGCUUCUCGUAUGCCUUACCAAAAGCUAUAAGUGUUUAUUUCAAAGCCAUUAUGAAAGAGUUUGUGUGUGGAUACAGUGACACUGCCUGGAUUUCUUCUAUAAUAUUAGCAGUGCUUUAUGGAUCAGGUCCAGUCUGUAGCAUUAUGGUUAAUAGAUUUGGAUGCCGGCCAGUCAUGUUGGUUGGAGGAUUACUGGCUUCAGGAGGGAUGAUAAUUGCAUCUUUUACUGAAAACAUUAUACAGCUUUACCUCACUGCAGUCAUCACAGGUCUUGGACUGGCUUUGAACUUCCAACCAUCACUGAUUAUGCUGGGCUCUUAUUUUGACAAACGCAGACCACUUGCCAAUGGACUGGCGGCAGCUGGAAGCCCUGUAUUUCUGUCAGUUCUUUCUCCAUUAGGACAAAUGCUGCUCGACGAAUAUGGAUGGAGAGGAGGCCUUUUCAUUACCGGCGGUCUUCUGCUCAACUGUUGCACCUGUGCGGCUGUGAUGAGACCCCUGAAACGUAAAGAAAGGAAAGCGAUAGCUUGUUCCCAAGAGCUCAAGGAAAUGCUGCCUCCUGAGGCUGGACAAGAGAAUAUAAUUUGUGAAAACAAUAUUGAUAAAAAGCUCACUAAAAAUAAGCUUUUGGACUUCAGUGUACUUUGGAACAGAGGGCUUAUUAUUUAUAUCAUUGCAAAAUUUAUAGUUGUCCUUGGCCUGUUCGUUCCAACUAUUCUCUUAGUCAACUACGCUAAGGACCAAGGAGUGCCUGAGCGUGAUGCUGCCUUUUUGUUGUCUAUUAUAGGAUUUGUUGACAUCUUUGCUCGUCCCACAUGUGGCAUGUUGGCUGGUUUAAAAUGGAUUCGACCCAAGAUGUCUUAUUUCUUCAGCCUGGCCUUGAUCUUCAAUGGCCUAACAGAUGUUUGUUCAGCUAAAAGCACAGACUACAAGGGACUAGUCAUAUUUUGCAUGUUCUUUGGGCUGUCUUAUGGGAUGGUGGGUGCACUACAAUUUGAAGUUCUGAUGGGUAUUGUGGGAACAAGCAGUUUUUCCAGUGCACUUGGCCUAGUGCUCCUCAUUGAGGCAUUGGCUGUGCUGAUCGGACCACCCUCUGCUGGUUAUUUGGUGGACAAGUACAAGAACUAUGAACUGAUUUUUUACAUGGCUGGAGGAGAGCUGAUCACCGCUGGAAUAUGGCUUACCCUCGGAUCAUUCUGUUUUAUUAACCAAAAGAAACACAAAGACUCACAGCAGAAACAUCAAGCUGAUGUGGCAAUCAGUCCUAAAAGAUAAACAGUGAAGAGAGCUGAAGAGAGGGACAUUCAUGUUCAAUUAAUUUUGUUUAGUUAUGCUUGUUAUUAAAAUCAGUGUCUUGUA